GCGUCUUGCCUCGGUGUAAGAAGCGCUGCAGCUCCAGCAAGGAUCCUUCUGAAAACCUCUCAUCAUUCGCUGCAAUGCUGUUAUAACCAGCAAAAUAUCAUAGGUUUGCAGCUGGGGUUUGUUGCUGGAGGCAAGCCCCCUCUUCUGUCACAGUCGAAUGCAGCUGGACACGCUGCGUCACUCCUCCAAAGGAAAUUGUGGUCACCAAUCGGGAGCAGUUGUUUGAACGGCAGAUAUCCCCAGCUAGGAAGCACGCUGAGCGCAGCACAUCCAGUUGGCAAAAUACAUGCUGGCCAGUUGACAAGCGAGCCGGCCGCUGCUGUACAUUCAGACGCCAGCACAGCCAGACCUAGCAGCCAGAGCCCUGCACCUGAGGAGCCUCACAUACCUGUCCUUCUCAAUGAGGUGGUCGAGCAUUUCACUGGAAGGAAGCUGGGAGUCUUUGUAGAUGGGACUUUAGGAGCUGCAGGUCACGCCUGCGCAAUCCUUGCAGCACAUCCUGAGCUGCAGACUUUCAUUGGGCUGGAUGUGGAUCCUAGAGCGCAUGCUGAGGCCAGACGAAAAAUAGACACACUCGUAUCGGGGGGACUCCAGGACAGCCAGUCAUUGAGUUUGCACCUUGUGAAGUCCAACUUUGAGAAUGUGCAUGCUGUGCUGAGGAGUCUAGAAGGGGGUGUUGCAGAAGAUGGGGUUGAUGGGAUGCUUCUGGACCUUGGGGUGUCGUCAAUGCAGGUCGACGAAGCUGACCGAGGAUUCAGCUUCAUGCGAGACGGGCCACUGGACAUGAGGAUGAAUCCCAGCGCAGCGGUGACUGCUGAGCAGAUCGUGAACGACUGGUCCGAAGACCGCCUCGGAAAGAUCAUCCGAGAUUACGGAGAGGAGCGUUACUGGAAGUCGAUCGCAAGGCGGAUUGCGGAGGCGCGAACGGUGUCGCGCAUCCGGACGACAGGGGAGCUGGUGGACUUGGUCGGGGGGCCUCGACCGGGCAGACGAAAAGGCGGCGCCCCCCGGGGCAUUCACCCGGCCACGCGCACCUUCCAGGCGCUGCGGAUCGCCGUCAACGACGAGCUCGGGGUUUUAGAAAGGGGGAUCCCCCGGGCCAUCGAGUGCCUCGCGCCGGGCGGCCGCCUGGCCGUUAUCUCCUUCCACAGUCUAGAGGAUCGCAUCGUGAAGCGAGCCUUCUUGGCCGCAGCCGGGCGGCCCUAUGUCGAAGAAGAGGACGAAGUAGCCUACAGCACGUCGAAUAUCUUCCUCGAAAAGGAAACGCCCAAGCCGCUUGUUAAGAUUCUUACGAGGAAGCCCUUCGUACCAUCGGAGGAAGAAGCGCGAAAAAACUCGCGAAGUCGAAGCGCUAAGUUGCGAGUUGUCGAAAAGCUAUAGUAGGGGCUAGGUAUCUCCGGUGUCUCAAAGGAGCUGUUUCACCAAGGGCUCGGAUCCAAACUUCAAUUGUUUACAAAAGUUGACUUUUCGAUCCUGCAUUGGCCUCUCUGUUCGAUCGUUGUUUGCUCUCUAAAGGCCAAUCAUCG